GCUCCAAGUAAUGCAAGUUCUGUAGCUCGACAGACUCAAAGCUGUACAUACCGAAGAAAUCAAUUCAUUCCACGGAUAAUCGCCCUUGGCCUUGCUUGGAUCUGUUCCACAUCCAAGUAUAUUUAGCGAAGGCCAGUAUCCGUACAGUGACAAAACGGUCUGUGCUGCAGGAUCUUUACAGUGUGUUUGAUAAUAACACUGUAGCCCCUCAUCACAGAAUAUACCAACCUUCUUCCCCCACGUACAGCUUUCACGUCACUUUCAAUUGCAGCAUAUUACCUCACAAUCUUGCCUUACAAGACUGAGAUAAAUCAAAAACCGAAAAGUUGCCUUGAACGGCCCAGCUCGGGAGAAACACGAACUUUCGCUUUCCCUUCAGCCAUGCGUCCUAGACGCGUCUGACCAGUAACGUACCCUCUGUCAAACCGUGGCCAAUUCUACAGCCUCGCAUGAGAGCGAACUCCAAGAGAAUUUCAUCAUGCAAAAUAGCCCGGCGAGACCCAGCCUUGGCCAGUCCAGCGGUUCUCAUACCAACGGCCUUGAGGACCACCUACGAAACCUGAUUCUCACAAACGGAACCCCAGGAAAUGGCCCAGCUCACUUUCCUGACACCCCGCGGACGACCGCGCCUAUCGUCGGCGACGGCUCUAUGAGUGGCUCGGGUGGCAUUCUCUCCCAAGAUCCAGCUGGUGUUGCAACAUCCGUCAAUGGCAAGCCUCCGGUCUCACCCAAGGUUGCUAGAAAGCGCCCAAACCAGGCCCAAAGGCGCCAGAUGAACGCCCAGCUGUCCAUUCCGAUCGAUCCUCGCCCGUCGCCCCCCACGCAACAUGGACGCCCAUUCUCAGCAUCUCCUAGUAAUCCCUCCCACAAUCCUGGUUUCUAUCCCAACAGAGGCAGGUACCAACAUCAUCCUGGCCCCCGUCAUGGUCCCCAUCAUGGUCCCGGGCAAGUGGUCGGCCCCUACAGCCAUGGCCAACCUCACUCGCCCAGACAAAAUGGACAUCACCCUUCCGUACAUUCUGACGCAUCCCGGAACCAUCACGAUCAGCACCCCAAUGGUCGGCAUGACAAUGGUGCGCCGCGCUAUCCGCGGAACACCCAUAGCACGCUCUACAGUCCUCGUGGUCAACACCACCAGGUGCGGCCUGAGGAGUUGGAGAAUCAAGCGGCCUAUCUUGAGGGACUUUGCAACACACUUGUUGCUGGCGCCGAGAUUGAGCGAGGUGAGAUUGCCGAAAAGGAGGCCUUCCGCACCAAGAUUGAGCAGGUCUGUCGUGCUGCAAUCACCGAGUAUGAGGUUACUCAAAAUAGCCUUGUCAACUUCCCUUCGUCAUCCGUGCAACUAAAAUGCUUUGGCAGUCUGUCUUCAGGCUUUGCGACCAAGGCAUCGGACAUGGAUCUCGGUUUGGUUUCCCCCCUUUCACUGCCUCAGCCGGAUGCUGCGGGCUCUCCGAUCCCCCGACUCAUCGAAAAAGCGUUCCUUGAACUUGGCCUCGGUGCUCGCCUCCUCACUCGAACAAGAGUCCCCAUCAUCAAGCUUUGCGAGAAACCACCCGAAAAGUUGCGAGUGGAUUUGCUAGAAGAGCGCGAGAAGUGGGAAAAGGGCAUCGUGGACAACGACCACGCAGACGCCGCGGACGAAGACGAGAAUGCCGAAAUGGAGUAUCUCGUAAAGGAAGGGACCGGUGACCCGACAGACAAUCUUUCUGGCCAGAAAGACGAUGGUUCCUCACCCACCGGUUCUUCGAGCGAACCUGCGCUGCCGGCCAUUCGCCAGCCCGAGAACCAGUCACUUUCCGCUUACUAUAAUGUGGCAAAGCGGAUUCUAAGGAAGACGGGAGGCCGGGAUAUCACCCUUUCCAACUGCCGAGAGCUUGUCGAGGAGGACUACAUCAUGCUCAACAAAGUCUGUGAGGCCUUUCUGAAGGGCCUUCGUGACCCCGAGCUGAAGCGCAGACUCUCGGACUACCUCUCCCUGUCGUUUAAGCCGCUUCCGAAUGUUCCGAACUACCGAUCUCUGGCUGGUGUCUUCGCGCAGAUGGAAGGAGAAAGAAUCGUCAUGCUGUGCGAAUCAGACUCCGCCAUUGGAAGUGUCGAGGACGUUGAGGAGUCGGCCCGGAUGUUGAUCGCAUCUUGGAAGAACCUUCAGAACCAGCCUCAUUUCGGCAUUGAGCCCCUCGCCUACACGAAGCAACUUCAGCUACACCUUGAGAAACUUAAAAAGCUCCCUACUGCGCAGCUUCUCACUCUCGAGCAGAAUCAGCAUGAGGCCGCCACCGGGUACCACGCGAGGACUCUGAAGAUCCUGUCAAACCUUCGGCCCCGUAACGACAGCGAUGCAGAGGCUGCAAAACAGUUCAUCAUCGACAAAUACACUGCUGGCGUCUGGCCCAGCACCGUCCGUGCUCAGGUCCGCGAGUUCGUCGACAGCACCAACGGAGCACUCAGUCUCGUCGCCGUUGCGCGUCGUCACAAGAGCCUACAGCUCGCUCUCGAGCUAGAGAAGGCAGUGGAACACCGACUGUACGACCCGAGUCUCGAGAGUGACAUAAGAAAAUACAUUUCGAUUCUUCGGGGUCCCAUGCGGGAGAGCAUUGUUCAUGACCCGCAGUACGACUAUGUUGUCCCUGUUACGAAGCAUAACAUAGAGACCAUCAAACGCAUGCGAGGCCUCAGGGACCCGGCCAAGAUGGCUGUCAACCAGCCACGCGACCCCUACAAGGACAAGCUCGAGUUCCCCAAGAGCGGCGUCGGUGUUCAGUGCGACAUCAACUUCGCCGCCCACCUCGCGCUGCACAAUACCCUCUUACUGCGCUGCUACUCCCACAGCGACCCCCGUGUCCGGCCCCUGGUCCUGUUCAUCAAACAUUGGGCCAAGGUCCGUGGCAUCAACACGCCUUAUCGCGGGACACUCAGCAGUUAUGGUUACGUUUUGAUGAUGUUGCACUACCUCGUCAACGUCGUCCAGCCCUUUGUCUGCCCGAACCUCCAAGCUCUUGGACCCCCACCGCCGCCCGAGGGUAUGUCGCCCACCGGUCUCGAUGAGACUAUCAUGUGUCGGGGGCACUUCGUCGGCUUCUGGCGUGACGAGGCAGAGAUUUUGCGCCUGGCCCAGAUGAACCAGCUCAACGGGAACCGUGACUCCCUCGGCCAGCUCCUCCGCGGCUUCUUCGAGUACUACGCGCAGAAUGGCUCCAUGAGCACGUAUCCAGGCCGAGGCUAUGACUGGGGACGCGACGUCCUCAGCAUCCGCACUCCUGGCGGCUUGCUCUCCAAGACGGAUAAGGGCUGGACGGGCGCGAAGACGGUCAUCGAGUACCGUCCAAACGCCGCCGUGAACUCCCCGAGCACCGACACUCCGCCUCCCGCGCCGCACAUGGCUCUGAAGUCCUCCGCUGACCCGUCUACCCCGACCGCAACGACGGAAGGCGUCACCGGCCACGAGGUCGCAUCGCUCGGCCUCGGCAAAGCCGCGACGAAUUCGGCGGCAACGUAUAAGAACGGCGAGGUCAAGGAAGUGCGACACCGCUACCUUUUCGCCAUCGAGGACCCCUUCGAGCUCGACCACAACGUUGCUCGCACCGUUACACAUAACGGCAUCGUCGCCAUCCGCGACGAGUUCCGGCGUGCGUGGCGCAUCAUCAAAUCCGCGGGAUUGGGCAAUUUCAACGAAGAGUUGCUCCAGGAUGUAGCUGCUGCCAAGGAGGAGGGUGAGAAGAGCACCUAUCUACAGCUGCUGGAUGAGAUUCACGGAUGGGAACUGUUUCAGUAGGCAUUCGAUUCGUUACGUGUCACGCGGCCAUGGGCUAUGGACCGGGUGUUGUACUCUAGAGCUGGCAACGGCAAACUGGUGUGCAGAGUGUCAAGGAUCUUGGAGGUUAUUGCGAAUGGGACGAUGUUAUGACGUCAAGACGAAAGGGGAAUUCAUAUUUGAGGAUGAAUGCUGCUUUGUAUUAUUAUGGAUGGCCGAAACGACACAAAAGAGUCGAGUUCUACCAAAACUGUGCCUAUUGCCUGGUAUUUUUAUUUUAUUUUUAAAAAAUAUGUGUUCUCACGUGGAAGUAUGUUCGAAGGUUUCUCUUAUCACUUUUCCAUCCGAACCCGAAGGCGGCGACUGUCACAUGACAGCCGGAAGAGUGAUCUUCUUUUAAUCGAAAAUUGAUCUACCAUCGCUCCGUUAAGAACCCGUUCUGGGAUGAACAAGGCCCCUGCUGUCC